GGAACUGUUGCUAAGCUACAGAUAGUUAGCAACCAAUCAGAAACAACAUGACAACAGCAAAAUUUAAGCGUGUAAAGUAGGUCGAUGUUUGUUGGUCGAGUGUGUUAUCAACUUUCGUCAUAUAAAUACAUGCCAACGUUUCGUGGACUUUAAGAGCAGCAGAACAGAUAAGACAAUGAGAUGGACAGAGAAGAUAAACUAAUAUCGUUGAGUCCCUAACAUUUAUGUGUUGGUGAAAUGAGCAGAGUGAGUUGACUCAAUCGCACGAUCAUCACGAUGGCUCUCACCAACACCACUAUAAUAGCAUGGAAACUGCAGGAGAUUGUGGCUCACUCCAGCAAUGUGUCUUCACUGGUGUUGGGGAAAUCAUCUGGUCGUCUACUGGCCACUGGCGGCGAAGACUGCAGAGUCAAUAUCUGGGCUGUCAGCAAACCAAACUGCAUUAUGAGUCUGACGGGCCACACCAGCCCUGUGGAGUGUAUCCAGUUCAACGGUUCUGAAGAGCGUGUGGUGGCUGGUUCUCAGUCCGGCUCUCUCCGGCUUUGGGAUUUGGAGGCUGCUAAAAUUCUGCGCACUUUGAUGGGGCACAAGGCCAGUAUCUGCAGUCUGGACUUUCACCCCAUGGGAGAAUACCUGGCAUCUGGCUCUGUGGAUAGCAAUAUUAAGUUGUGGGAUGUGAGAAGGAAAGGAUGUGUGUUCAGAUACAAGGGUCACACUCAGGCUGUACGCUGUCUAGCCUUCAGUCCUGAUGGGAAAUGGCUUGCUUCAGCUAGUGAUGACAGCACAGUAAAGCUGUGGGAUCUCAUAGCAGGCAAGAUGAUCACUGAAUUCACAUCGCACACAUCAGCAGUCAAUGUUGUGCAAUUCCACCCCAAUGAGUACCUGCUCGCCUCUGGGAGUGCAGAUCGGACUGUUAAGCUGUGGGACCUGGAAAAAUUCAACAUGAUUGGCUCGUCAGAGGGCGAGACGGGAGUUGUGAGAAGUAUAUUGUUUAAUCCUGAUGGUGGCUGCUUGUACAGCGGCUCAGAGAACACACUACGAGUGUAUGGCUGGGAGCCUGACCGCUGCUUUGAUGUAGUCCAUGUAGGCUGGGGCAAAGUGUCUGACCUGGCCAUCAGCAACAACCAAAUGAUUGCGGUGUCAUACAGUCAAACUAAUGUGAGCUGGUAUGUUGUGGAUCUCAACCGAGUGAAGAAGUCAGGAUCUGUGAUUCAAGGGUUGAUUCAGGACAAGCCGAUCCCAGCUCCCACAUCUGCACUUGGAACAACACUACGGCGGAAUUACGAGCGGCCCACUACAUCUUGCACGGGACAGGAGAUGAAGCAGAGUUCAGAGGCUGAUCGCCGGAGUCCAGAAGGAGAGCGGAGGAGUCCCAGCAGUGAGGAUGAGAAAGAAGACAAAGAAAGCAGUGCAGAAAUCACCAACCCAGAAGAUUAUAAAGAGAUCUUUCAGCCCCGCAGUGUCAUUUCGCGAACGCCACCUAAAAGUACCGAACCUUUCCCAGCACCGCUAGAGCACUCUUUCUCAGAGAGUGUGCUGGAAAAACCUAGCCCAGCGGUUAAGAUUGUAACUCCAGUAAUAGACAGGGCAGGACAGUUGAAAGGUCCUAUUACCACCUCUACUCCAGUACAAAGAGUGGAACCGACUGUGAUCGCUGCUGCUCCCCGUCCAGUUGCUGUGGUGACCACAUCAGUGACCUCUCCUUCUCGUCCUGUGGUUACUACUACCAAACCUAAACCCUCUACCGGGAUCAUUCUCUCAACACGCAACGAGCCAAUUGGCCUCAAUGUAGGGAACUUCCUUUCUUCCCUCAGCUCACCAUCGGUGUCACCAAACUGCUCUCUCAAAUGUUCGUACGCAUGGGUCAGAGUUUGCUUACAGCAUGCACGAAAUGCUAAAGCCAGCGUGAUGGGAGAUGAAGAGGCGUUAGCGCAGAUCAGGAAAGGGCAUGACACCAUGUGCGUAAUGCUGACCAGUCGAUAUAAAAACCUGGACACGGUACGCUCCGUCUGGGCUAGUGGGGAUGUCAAGACUUCCCUGGAUUCAGCUGUGUCUAUGAAUGAUCUGUCUAUUGUAGUGGACAUCCUUAACAUAAUCAACCUAAAACCAUCACUGUGGAAAUUGGACCUCUGUACAUCCAUCUUGCCACAGAUUGAGGAACUGCUGCAGAGCAAGUAUGAAAGUUAUGUGCAGACUGGUUGUAUGUCUUUGAAGCUGAUUCUGAAACGUUUUUGGCCGUUAAUCUCGGACACACUGACUGCUCCUCCAUCUGUAGGGGUGGACAUUACUCGAGAGGAGAGGCAUCGGAAAUGUAAAGCGUGCUAUAAGCAAUUGAAAAAUCUCAGUAAUGUAGUGAAGAACCGGGCGGAGCAGGUUGGUCGUCAUGGCAGCACUUUCAAAGAGCUACAACUACUUAUGGCCCCAUUGGACUACUGACACUGAUAUACACUCACAGAGACACACACACACGCCGAGAGAAACACUCCUCAAUCUCCAAACACAAAGCUCAGUCAGAAAGAGUCAACAACGGGAAAAGUACCAUGACUGAGCUCCGUGACUGAACAAUUCACUUACGCGUGUGUGUGUGUGCGCUCAAACAAGCACACUUUUGGAGUGAAGUAUUUAUAGAGGCUUUUGGUGGAUCAUUUUUUUUUUUUUUUUAACUAAUGCACAAGUUGUUUUUCUAAACACUGUCAAUAAUAAAGAUGAACUUUCAUAUGAAAGAGAUUCCCAAAAAUA